AUGGCGGCCGCGCGGGCGCUGUGGCGCGCGGGGCCGGCGGCCCUCAGGGGGCAGAUCCGCGACCUCACAGGGGGGCCCAGCGAGGAUGAGGUAUCCAGGGCUCAGCGUGCGGCCCCGGGGCGAACGACGACCACCACCAUCUUUUCCCGAAUCAUCGACCGCAGCGUCCCAGCCCAGAUCCUCUAUGAAGAUGAGCAGUGUCUGGCCUUCCGGGAUGUGGCUCCUCAAGCUCCAGUUCACUUUCUGGUGAUUCCCAAGAAGAACAUUCCCAGGAUCAGCGAGGCCCAGGUCGAAGACAAACAGCUCUUGGGUCACCUGCUCCUUGUAGCUACGCAGACAGCAAAAGCCGAGGGCCUGGGGGACGGAUACCGCCUGGUGAUCAAUGAUGGGAAGCUCGGUGCCCAGUCCGUAUACCACCUUCAUCUCCAUGUACUUGGUGGCCGACAACUUGGGUGGCCCCCGGGGUGAGACCGUACCAGAAGACCCAAGCCACCUUGGUUGAAUCCAGCCGCGGAGAUUGGGCAGAGAAACCUGAAGAAACUUACAGCCACAAAUAAACCCCCAACCCCCACUAUAAUAAUAACGAUAAUGAUAAUAAUGAUGGCAUUUGCUAAGUGCUUACUAUGUGCAACGCACUGUUCUAAGCGCUGGAAGUCGCGAUUUACCAGAUCGGGACCCUUCUAUUUCCGUGGCCCAUUACUGACCUCUUCCCCUCAAACCUGGGGGAGGGGGUGGGUCGGAGCCAGGGAGCAGGAUUACAGGGAACGACGGAGGAUGGGAAGGUUGCUGUAGAGUUGUUGGGAUGAUCAUCAGCUAUAGGAGGUUAGAUUACCGGAGCUAGAUGGUGGGGGCAGAAGGGAGAGGGGCGGCAGGAUGAGGGUUGAUCUGUCAGGAUCUCUCUCCCCAAGAAAGGGCUGCGUGGUUACCAACUGGUUUUGCAGGUGAGAUUGGAGGGGAGAAAGGAUUGGAAGGACCCAGCCAAAUCCAGAGUGAGAAGAGGGGUAUCCAGAGCACAUGAAAUAAACCACACCAUCCAUCCCAGCCUAGGAUUCUGCCUCCAUCUAGCAGGAGCAUCAGAACACUCGAAGGGACUGUGUGCUGGUUGCCCUCCUGAACAUCCAUUCUCAUCUAGCGCCCUGCUUUGCCCUCUGUGCCAUCAGAACAACGUCAUGUCUGUAGUCCCCUUUGAAAACCAAGGGCAGCUUAGCUGCAGGUCUGAGGCCCAGUUGCCACCUGGGUGAGCUGACCAUUUUUUGAAGCUGACCCUAGAGAUCCUAAUCGGGCCUGUUGGCCAUUCCUUUCUGCACUCUGCACACUCAUGUGUUGGUCCCACAGAGAGCCUAGCUCCCAUUUUCAGGCCUUUCUCAGGGAUAGCAGAAUCUCACCUGACUGCUGCACCUCAGGCCAAUCUGUUUACUGCAGUGGUCUGCUCCUAGGGUCCAUCACUUGAGACUGUGCUUCUCGAUGUCUUUAAACUGCUUAUUUUGCACCCCCUUCCCCUGAGUUUUCAGGUACCCCUUUAAGUUUACCAGGUUGAGUAAUUGAUUGGCCAUGCUUGAGUUUCCUGCUGUCCUCCGUAGUCUUCGCUUGCCGUACGCCACGGACCUGUGUGGCCGUGAGCUUUGCUUCAGGGCUGGUGAGUUGACUGAGUUCCUGGAUCUUGCUAGUAAUCCUGUCCUGAGAUUUGAUUUUGAAUAUGGUUGGUAGGUGUUGCUAAUUAAAGGGCUCAAGGAGCUGUAUGUGUC